AUGCCUCCCAAGAAGACCGCCACCCGUGCUCCCCAGGAGAACAUCUCCCUCGGACCCUCUGUUCGCGAUGGCGAGCUGGUCUUCGGCGUUGCCCGUAUCUUCGCUUCCUUCAACGAUACCUUCGUCCACGUCACCGAUCUGAGUGGCCGUGAGACUAUCACCCGUGUUACUGGUGGUAUGAAGGUCAAGGCCGACCGUGACGAGUCCUCCCCCUACGCUGCCAUGUUGGCUGCUCAGGACGUCGCUGCCCGCUGCAAGGAGCUUGGCAUCAACGCUCUUCACAUCAAGAUCCGUGCCACUGGUGGUAACGGUACCAAGACCCCUGGUCCCGGUGCCCAGUCCGCUCUCCGUGCCCUUGCCCGUGCUGGCAUGAAGAUUGGCCGAAUUGAGGACGUUACCCCUACUCCUUCCGACUCUACCCGCAGAAAGGGUGGUCGCCGUGGUCGUCGUCUCUGA